UACACUUUUGUGAAGUGUUUGGUUUUGGAUUUUUCUCUUCCUACCCCCCAAGCGUGCGGCACCAAAGAAAAGUCGAAAACGUUUCUGACCUGUUACGGCCUCCGCCUCCACCGCCAUAAACUGAUUCACAAUUUUCAUCAUCAUCGUCGUCAUCGAAUUCGCACAAAAAUAAACGCAGCUAUUUCAGAGAGAAGAGAGAGAAUUUCUAUAUUGCUUACUAGGGUUUUUGCAGAGAGAGAGAGAGCUGUGGUGGCUUUGAAAGUUUGAAACUUGAAAGAAUAACGAUGGGGAAGAACGAGAAGACGGGGCUGGGGAGAGCCCUAGUGAGGCAACACAACCAGAUGAUACAGCAGUCUAAGGAAAAGGGUUACUUCUACAGGAACCAGCACAAGAAGGUUCUCGAAUCCGUCACCGAAGUCAGCGACAUCGACGCCAUUAUCGAACAGGCCGACGAGGCCGACCGCCUCUUCACUCAAGACCACCCUGCCCCCAACCUCCUCAUCAAUCUGGAUGCAAGCUCUAGUAACAGUAACAGUGGCAUGACCCCUGAGGAAAGGAGAGAGCAACAGAUGAAAGAGGAGGCACAACAUGCCAGCAGUCUUAGAGUUCCACGCAGGCCACCAUGGACUGCUGAGAUGUCUGUAGAACAGCUUGAUGUGAAUGAAAGACAAUCUUUCUUAUCAUGGCGCCGAAGCCUUGCAAGACUUGAGGAGAAUGAGAAGCUUGUUCUAACUCCUUUUGAGAAGAACCUGGAUAUCUGGAGACAGCUCUGGCGGGUGGUUGAACGUAGUGAUCUGCUUGUAAUGGUUGUUGAUGCCCGUGACCCGCUGUUCUACCGCUGCCUUGAUCUUGAGGCAUAUACACAAGAGAUCGAUAAGUACAAGCGCACGUUGCUUCUUGUUAAUAAGGCAGAUCUGUUACCAUUUUCUGUCAGGGAGAAAUGGGCAGAAUAUUUUCGCCUUAAUAACAUUCUCUUUGUGUUCUGGUCGGCUAAAGCUGCUUCUGCUGCUCUGGAAGGGAAAAACUUAAGUGACCCAUGGAAGACACAAAAUACCUUUCAGAACAUGGAUAACCCUGAUACAAAAAUAUAUGGAAGGGAUGAACUUUUGACCCGUUUACAGUGUGAGGCAGAAGAGAUAGCCAAGAUGAGGCGGAAAUCAGGUUCUAAUGGUACAGGCUCAUCUAAUGUUCAAUCUCCUCGUGGAAAUACUGCAGUAACUUCAGCACCAAAGAAUGUAGUUGUGGGAUUUGUUGGCUAUCCUAAUGUGGGGAAGAGCUCAACAAUCAAUGCUUUGGUGGGCCAGAAGCGGACAGGUGUCACCUCUACUCCAGGGAAGACUAAGCAUUUCCAAACAUUGAUAAUGUCUGAUGAGCUGACCCUAUGUGACUGCCCUGGAUUAGUGUUUCCAUCCUUCUCAAGCUCGAGAUUUGAGAUGAUUGCUUCUGGGGUAUUGCCUAUUGAUCGGAUUACUGAGAAUAGGGAGGCUGUACAGGUAGUGGCCAAUCGAGUUCCUAGACAUGUCAUUGAGUCUGUCUACAAGAUCAAGCUGCCAAAACCAAAGCCAUAUGAGCCGCAGUCUCGGCCCCCUCUAGCAUCUGAACUAUUAAGAGCUUAUUGUGCCUCUCGUGGGUAUGUUGGCUCUAGUGGACUGCCUGAUGAAACUAGAGCUACCCGUCAGAUUUUGAAGGAUUAUAUUGAUGGCAAGCUGCCCCACUAUGAAAUGCCCCCUGGAAUCUCCAAUGAGGAAAGUGAUUUGGAAGAUGUUGAUGAAGCAAGCUCAUCUGAAGAGCAUGAGUCAGAUUCAUCUGAUAUUGAAAACCCUCAAGAUUUUCAAGGUGAAAAUGCACCUGCUCUUGAGCAUGUGCUGGAGGAUCUCAAUUCUUUUGACAUGGCUAAUGGCCUUGCUUCCAAAAAGGCUUCGAAUAAGAAGCCUAAGGCGGCCCAUAAACAGCACAAGAAGCCUCAGAGGAAAAAGGACCGCACCUGGAGGGUUGGGAAUGAUGAUGGCGAUGGAAUGCCUGUAGUAAGAGUCUAUCAGAAGCCAGUGAGUACAGGCUCUGUCAAGGUCGGAUGAGGAUAUGGAUAGAUCGUGUCUCUCCUGUCAGUUUUUCGUGGCUACAAAUCUAGUCAUUGGCUGUUGGUUGUGGCUCUCUCCCUUUCUCACUCCCAGAAAAAAGAAAGGAGGGUAACGAAUGAAAAGAAAAUGAAGAAUAUAAUUUAGAUGGCUUUAGCGGUUGUGUAGUUGAAGUGUAGUUGAUGGUGUAAAUAAUGCAUGCAUUCGCAUCAUCAUCAUUAUUAUUAAUUUAUUAUUAUUAUUUGCUGAAUUUUGUAAGGAAUAUGACUUUGAUGAUAUAAACUGUUUUGUUUUUCGUA